AUGUCCUCCUCACUGCUCGUGCUGUACGAAUCGCUCUUUCCCCUCCACGUCGCGCAGUUCUUUGUUCGCUAUGCCACCAAGAAAGAAUACGUCGGCGAACAGCGCUACGAAAUAAUGCGCCACCCCAAUGUCGGGCGGCGCCUCCAGCACGCGAAUGGCUUCCUGCAGGCCCAUGAUACCAUCGAGCAAAGUUUUGCUGCAUGCCAGCAUGCGAUGGAGGUGCUGAUGAAGAUCAGUCCGAACUUAUAUGCAGAGGCGAGCAAGGAGGAGGACCUGUGUGUGUGGACGAGGAAGGAGACAGAUUUUGCAAAGACAUUAAGGAUCUCAGAGAGGAAGACGUUAGAGGCGAGGGUGAGGGGACUGUUUCCCAGAGAGUUGCGUAUACCGACGGACACGCAGUCACGGGAUGGCUGA